CCGUUUACAGGCCUACUUGCAAACACCAAAAAACCAAGUAAACUGGUGUACUCCACUUAAAAUUUUGCAAAACAAGAAAACCAUGCCCAUCCAAAACCCCCCAAACCCCCAAAACCCAAACCCUAAUUUACCCUCCCCCAAAUCCAAUAAUGGGUCCUCAAAUACAUCCGGGUCGGGUUAUUCAGGUGGGCAGAAACCCCAUUUCCCACACCCACCAGACCCUUCUAACCCUGACCCAGAAACCCUGAGACAACAAUGGAGAUAUGCAAUUAAACAGUACAGUAAAUGGUAUUCUCAUGCUUGGGGCACUGCUAUUCUUGCUGGGGUUUCCUUUUUUGCCCUUGGUUGGCUUGUUAAAGGCUCCAAUCCUUUGCCUUCUUUUGGCAAGAGUGAUCAAGAUGAUCAGAAGAAUCAUGGGUCUGGGUUGUCUGAUGCUGAUGGGGUUAAGAAAUCUUGAUGUUUGCAUGUAUUUCAGAUGCCCAAGCUGUGGGUAGAGUGAACGAAACAGUAGCAUGCGAAAUUCUCCUAAUCAGCUUUUCUGGCAAGAGAUGCCCCUCCUUUCACGUAGGUGUGUUAAGUAGGGUUUAAACUUAAGCUUUACUGUUCACUUAUGGAAGUCUACUUCCUAGUUGUAAUGCUUUGAAGUUUUGUUUUGUAUCUUUGUUGUAAAAUUAUCUUCCAAUGUUUUGUUUUGUUUAUAUAUCACCCUCAGUUUUGGUCA